GCGCAGAGGCCGGCGCGCCGGGAGCGGGCGGGCGCCGGGAGCAGACGCGCGGGCGGGCGCGGGUCCCGGAGUCCUCCUCCGCCUGGUCCAGCCGCCAGCUCCGCGAGGUACCGGGCGCCGUGGGACGCGCCCGGCCCGGCCGCUUGGGAGAGGAGAGACGGGAACGCAGCGCGGACACGCGCGGCAACGAUUCUGGAGCCAGCCCCCGCGCAGGAGGCAGGAACCUGGUCUGGAGAGUGGAGAGGACCUCAGUGUGGAGCCGGGGGCAGGCCAAGGAAGGGGGCGAGGUUUGGAGAGUUGGAGCCACAGAAGCAGAGCUCCUGAGACGACUUGAGACAUUUCCCAUCCAAGUCAAGAUGGUCUGCGGCCCUCCCGGCUCCGAGAGGCUUUUGCUAUGACUGCAGUCUCCUUGUGGGCCAGGACUGCCCCUUGCUGCCACAGCCACACCAGGUGCCUGCCCUGCCCUGCCCGUCCUUGGCCCUGAGUCACCAUGGGCAGCGUCAGUAGCCUCAUCUCCGGGCACAGCUUCCACAGCAAGCACUGCCGGGCUUCACAGUAUAAGCUGCGUAAGUCGUCCCACCUCAAGAAACUCAACCGGUGUUCAGACGGGCUGCUGAGAUUUGGCUUCUCUCAGGACUCGGGUCGUGGCAAGUCCAGCUCCAAGAUGGGGAAGAGUGAGGACUUCUUCUACAUCAAGGUCAGCCAGAAGGCCCGGGGCUCACACCGCCCAGAUUACACCGCACUGUCCAGUGGGGACACAGGGGGCCAGGCUGGGGUGGACUUUGGCCCAUCCACCCCACCCAAGCUCAUGCCCUUCUGCAAUCAGCUAGAAAUGGGCUCAGAGAAGGGUGCGACAAGGCCCACGGCAUUCAAGCCAGUGCUGCCGCGGUCAGGAGCCAUCCUCCACUCCUCCCCUGAGGGAGCCAGCCACCAGCUGCACCCCACCCCUCCAGAUAAGCCCAAGGAGCAGGAGCUGAAGCCUGGCCUGUGCUCUGGGGCGCUCUCUGACUCCGGCCGGAACUCCAUGUCCAGCCUGCCCACACACAGCACCAGCAGCAGUUACCAGCUGGACCCGCUGGUCACACCCAUGGGGCCCACCAGCCGUUUUGGGGGCUCAGCCCACAACAUCACCCAGGGCGUCAUCCUCCAGGACAGCAACAUGGUGAGCCUGAAGACACUGUCUUUCUCCGAUGGGGGAAGUAAGCUGGCCCACUCGAGCAAGGUGGACAAGGGCUCCUCGUGUGUCCGCUCCCCCAUCGCCACAGACGAGUGCACCAUCCAGGAGCUCGAGCAGAAGCUGCUGGAGAGGGAGGGUGAGCUCCAGAAGCUGCAGCACAGCUUCGGGGAGAAGGAGCUGGCCUGCAGCCAGACCUCCGAGGACCGGCUGGAGGCCCUGGAGCAGAGGGGCGGCAGCAGGGCAAAGCGGGCCUCGCAGAAGAGCCAGCGCACACAGCAGGUGCUGCAGCUGCAGGUGCUCCAGCUCCAGCAGGAGAAGCGGCAGCUUCGGCAGGAGCUUGAGAGCCUCAUGAAGGAGCAGGACCUGCUGGAGACCAAGCUCAGGUCCUACGAGAAGGAGAAGACCAGCUUCGCCCCCACGCUGGAAGAGACGCAGUGGGAGGUGUGCCAGAAGUCAGGCGAAAUCUCUCUCCUGAAGCAGCAGCUGAAGGAGUCCCAGACAGAGGUCAACGCCAAGGCCAGUGAGAUCCUCAGUCUGAAGGCGCAGCUGAAGGAUACCCGGGGCAAGCUGGAGGGCAUGGAGCUGAAGACACAGGAUCUGGAGGGCGCCCUGCGCACCAAGGGCCUGGAGCUGGAGGUGUGUGAGAAUGAGCUUCAGCGCAGGAAGAGCGAGGCGGAGCUCCUGCGGGAGAAGGUGAAUCUGCUGGAGCAGGAGCUCCGGGCACUGCGGGCGCUCAGGGCCCGGGAGGCCCUGCAGCGGGAUGGUGUGCCCCUGGGGCCAGGCCUGGGGGCUGGGCCCGCCUGCUGCGAGGACAUCCCCGCCCUGCAGCGCGAGUUGGAAAGGCUGCGGGCAGAGCUGCAGGAGGAGCGGCACGGCCACGACCAGAUGUCCUCAGGCUUCCAGCACGAGCGGCUGGUGUGGAAGGAGGAGAAGGAGAAAGUGAUCCAGUACCAGAAGCAGCUGCAGCAGAGCUACCUAGCGAUGUACCAGCGGAACCAGCGCCUGGAGAAGGCCCUGCAGCAGCUGGCCCGCGGCGACGGCACAGGCGAGCCUUUUGAGAUAGAUCUUGAAGGGGCUGACAUCCCCUAUGAGGACAUCAUAGCCACCGAGAUCUGAGGGGCCUCCUGGAGGCAAGGGUGCUGAGUCCGCCAAGGAGGGCUCCCCUCCCCAUCUCCCCUGCACAGUCACUCAGGCCUCUCUGAGAGAAGCCUCCCCAGGCACAGACCUGAGACCCUCAAGGGGACGGGAGGGGUAGGGCUGCUAUGUGGCCUCCCCUCCCUUUCCCACCUGCCCGCCCCUACAUCCUGCAGCCUGCCAGACCUCUAGCUUUCCCAAGAGAUGGGCCUGGGGAUCUCUGUCAUUUGGUUAAGGGCUCCCUAAAACUUGGCCUUUGUUCAAAAUACUUAGAGAUACUCUCACCCAGGGAUGGUGGCGACUGCCGUGAAGGCAGUGGCCACCCCAGGACAGAAGUUCCCUUCCGCUUCUCUUCCCACAACCUCUUUUCUACCCCGGACACGUUGGGAUGCCUUGGAGAUAGAAAGAAACCAUUUGUGACCAGAAGCCUUGGAACCGGACCAGGUCCUAACCGGAGCUCUUCCUCUGGCUGCGGGGUGUAGGAGCUGGAGUGGGCUGUAGAGAAGCUGGCUUAGCAUCGUCAGAGCCGACCUGACCCCGGCAAGCCACAGAGAAGAGGGGAAAGCUGGGGCAGCCCAGGAGCAUCUAGACUCAGCAAGGACACAUGGGAGUCAGAGCGAGAAGCGAGGUAGUAAUGCCCAGAUGCUGCUGGGCCCCACUGCCUGGAGGUGAGCAGCUUCUGGAUGGCUGGUGGCCUUUGACCUCGGUGACCACUUUCUUAAAGCCAUAGACACUGAGGCCCUGGGGUGGGUGCUGGUGACACAGGGAGGGUGUGGCUUUCCAGUUGUCCCAGGAAGCGCCUCUGGAUCUUUCCUCAUGGGGCUAGAGGUCCGGGUUUCCCUGUCUGGUCCAGGCUGCCCAGCAACUACUCUGAACUUUUUCUUCCCAAGAAUCAAGGCUUUGUCAGAUCCAGAACAAGUUCUGUCCACUGAGAUGGUGGGGGCCCUUCCCGGCUCUGCCUGCCCUCAGUUCAGCGGCACACCCACCCCUUGGUGUCUGCCGUGCUGCUUCAGACCAGAGUCCUCGGGGUCAGGAGGGGCCCCUGACUGCAGGCAAGAGCCCCAGGGAGAGUCCAUGGCGCAGUCGGCCUCCAGCCCCCAGGAGCCCGACUGACGGUCGGGAGCGGGACUCCUCUGAGGACGGCAGCGCUGGGGCAAGAGACAGACGGAAGGGGCACUUUCUCUGUUGCUUGCUGCAGGGAAUUUUCUUUCUUUCUUCUUUUUUUUCUUUCUUGUCUUUUCAGAAGCAAGCCAGAUCUAGCAGGCAGCCAGUCUGUUUCAUGUUCUAUUUUUGACUCUAGCCACAGCUGCUGCUGGUCGGACAGCCAGCCCUUGCUGGAUUCCUGGGCCUCAUGCCUGCCUGCUGAGGGCUCCCGGAGACAGAGGGGCGGGGAGGCCUGAGCCCUCAGCAGUCGGACCCCGACACCCCUGCUGCCUCCCAGACCGUGGGGCCUGCAGGCCCCAGGGUGGGGAGGGGAGCUGCUUCUCUUCUUGCCCCUGGCUCUCCCCUCCAGGGCCCAGCACAUUCCUCCCUGAGUCUGGGCUGAGGGCAGGGCCACCUUCCCUGUGGCUGGCUCAGCCUUUCCGUCCCUGGGGUUAAGCCGCCAGUCCUGCUGCCUUCACAUGACGCAGGAGCUUUUCUGAAACUUUAAGCCAUUGCUCUUAGUCAUAGGCUAGAUUUAAACCUGAGCUCAACAGGCCAAGAGCCCCUCCCUGCCCUUGGCAGUGCCCUCGCAGGGCACAGUGCAGCUCCCAAGUCAAAGACGCCCCACUCCCUGCGCCAUGGCCCUCAGUCCCUCCACUCCCACCAGCCUGUGCCUUUGUUUGAGGUCUUCUUCCCAGUGAGACUGCCCCACAGGAGAGAGAAAGGGCUGCUGCCCCUUCCCAGGCUGGAGACACCGUCCCUCUGCCUCCCGAGAGCAGCCCAAACCCCAUGCUGGCCUCCAGGUCUCCCUGAGAGGAGGUGCUGAGUGGCACAGCCUGUGCUCCCUGCCACGGGACCGUGCCCCGCACCUGCAGCCCUCCCCAGGCCAACCCACGAUGGUCCUCCCUGCCACCAGCCCAAGGUCCCAGGGUGACCCAUGGUGUCCCCAGAGUGCAACACUGUCCUGGAACAUAGCGACCUCUCCACCGUGGGGUUUUUCUUCCCUUCCCUGUAGAAAAAUAUGCUUACUGUUCCUGGACUGUGCCAAAUCCAGCUGCUCCAGCAGGCUCGGAACAGCAGGAGCUGAGCAGGAACCCGGGAGAUCAGCCGGCACGGGCCUCAGAGCAGGCGGCCUGGCCCAGCGCCAGCGUGAGCUCUCUGUCCUGCCCUCUGCACAUGCCUGCUGGCACGCUUGCUUGCUCAGUCAGACCAACCUGCUCUGCUCCCUGAACGAUGCUUGCCUGAAAAUGGUCCAGCUGUCCGCACAGAGAGAGCAGGACUCAGCACCACCUCACCACAGAUGGGACUCUGCCUUGGGGCCUUGCAAUGACCAGACUGUCACAGGGCGCCGCCAUGGAGAUCUCCUCUGGCCACUGUGUUGUUCGGGUCAUUCCUGCUGGUCGCGCUCGCCCCCACAGGUGCACUAGCAAUGUGGGGACUGGGAGCCACCUCUCCCCAGAAGCACUCCCUGAGCCUCUGCUCCCCGCCCCUGCUCGUCUGGGUCCUGCACCUUCUCUUGGAUGAGAGGGAUGCCCGGGGGUAAGCCAGGCUGGGCUGUGGGUCCUGAGUUCUGAGCCUGAGCUGCUAUGGCAGGAGACAUACACCCUGUGCAUCUGGAUGCUCCCUUCACCUCUCGGGUGGUUGGUCAGCGUCUGCAGGCAGAGCUGGAACCCCGAGUCGAGGCUUUGGAGGGACUGGCAUUUAGAAGAAUGUGUACAUAGUCUUCUCUUGGUUGUUUCUUGUUGUUUGGUUUGCUUUGCUUUUGACAACCUUGUUUUAUUUUAUUUUUGACGCCCCUUUUUGGCCAUGUAAACUAUUUCUGGUAAUUUUAUGUUUUUAUUUAUGAAUAAAGAAUGCCAUUUCUCAUGCCCUCCA